AUGUCAUUAGAAAGCAUUAUCGAGUCUACUUAUCGGAUUUGUAGUGGAUCAAAAACUGAUCUAGAAAUAUUUCACGUAAAACUGACCGAUUCCGCCCUAAAAAACAUCGAAAACCUAUAUCGAAAGCAGGUACGUUGUCAACUUACAUCUGAAGGCUUAAACCGUCUAGACCAAACCAAUUAAACUCAGUGUAGAAGGCGACCACGGGGUAAGAUGAUGACAACUUUACUACAACAAAACUUCAAGACCCUUGCCGUCCCUAGCAAACAGUCCUAUGACUACUUUGAUCUUUCUAUAUCUCCGGUCCACUACAGUCCCGAGGGCAUUAUUGACUACGUCCAGAUACAGGGGUAAAAGCUGCACGUUAUCAUUUAUAUCGUUGUAGGAGUAAUGUGUCUAGUCUCGGAAAACCAGUCUCCAGACUGACCGUAAAGGCUAACGAUGACAGCUUCUCUGCUGCUAAGAUCAAGAUGGCGGAAGCUGAGAAAGAGCAACGAAGGUGUCAGUCCAAGACAACACUCUUUCCGGACAGUAGUAAAUCACUUACUCCUAGGAGGUAUCAAGAGACCUCCUCUGGCCAGCGCCCCACACAAACUCCUCCGAACUCACGAUUGUCUGAGCCAAGAAUUUCACCCUCACUGAACGCUAACCGUUGUUGCAGCCCCCAUUGCGCCAACAAGAGUCCCUUGACUCCCACAGCGGACGUGGCUUCUCGCCGUUUAAGGUAGAAAAUGUUUCCCCCGCACGGAUUCUUUUUCUAAAGUCGUAUUUUGGCAAUCACACUGCGCGGCCCCCGUUGUAAGCGUCAUGAUCGUAAUCUUGGUUUCAAACUAGUUGAAAAACUCCCAAUCUGUAUAGGGUGGGACCUUACAUCCCCUCCUGCAUUGUUCCUAGAAAGGACCGCUGAAUGUAGUUUUUGGGGAGUUAACGUCUUUUAUCUGAACUUCUUAACUUCCGCAUACACCUAGCACUAAAAACGGCUGCAUUUGAAGAUAACAGGGCUCCUCAUCCAACUUUGCCGAUCGGUACUAGUUUUGCAGCACUCCGCCUACUUCGUCUUUACCUGCCUUCAGUUCAGCUUUUAAUUCUAUGGUGUUUAUUACGGCCCUCCGGUAUUUCAUCAAACGUCGAUCACGCGCUCCUUAGUCGACUCUUUUUACUUGUUUACAGGGAUAGAAUUAUUCAUUUGCUUGCACUACGCCCAUACAAACGGCCCGAACUCAUCUUACGUCUAAAGCAAGAUGGACUUACUAAUGAGGAUAAGGAACUGGUCGAUGACAUUCUUAACAAAGUCGGUCGUCUCGGAAGGCAGGGUGAUUUCAGUCUCGCCGCCACGUUUUACAAUCUGAUUGAAACUUCCUGGCCCGGAUAUUCCCAGUCUGAGAGGGCAACUAUAACUUCAAUAAAAGCAAGUUGAUUUUUCGUUCCUUGCUACCCUUUGAAAUUAUUUGAUGCCUUUUCAGACAGUAUAGCAUGCGUCUACGCAUAUAAUUUUGGUCGUCCAAAAACAUUUGUAAAUGCGUAACUAUGAUAGUAUUUCAAUCCAUAAUAUUCUUACUAUCUCUUACUAGCCUGUGCAGUGGAUUGCAGUAGAAAGUGUACAUCAGAAAGAAAACAGGCUGCUAGUCAUUUAACGGGUGCCUAUAUGGUGACUUUGAGAGACUUUAGCCGUCAUCUCCUAUGAAGCCGGCAGUGCUAGUAUGUCACCGUAGGAUUUUCAAGCCUUUUAAUUCCCUGAACUAUCCAAAAGUAAGCUCUGGCCCAGAAUAUCAGGCAAGGUGUCUUAUUUUUCCGUAUUGCUCAUUCCAUUAAGUAAAGAAUCCCAUCAUUUUCUUCGUUUAUAAAGCAAUUUUACCGUUGGCACAAAAUAAUGGUGGAUGUACGCUGCAGCUCUUUAGUGUUAUUCUCGCACUCUAAGGAUGGUCUUUAACUGCUUUUUAUUGAGUACUUUCUUAGCAAUUAGAUGCGGGGCCUCACACAUUUUAUGACAUCAAAGAUAGUAUAUUGUUAUUUUUUCAAACCCCGCUCAUAAUGCCUUGUAGACUGGACCCAUGCGUUUUCCAGUUUCCAUUGUUUAGUUAUGGUUACGAGUCAUCCUGGAUUUUUGAAGGAACAGAAGGGUCCUAGGAUUUACUUCGCAACUUCUCAUUAAUAUUUUUUCAACCGCACAGAAGACGCCUUUUGCUCUAGUUGGUAGUCCAAGAAAUUGAAUAUUGCAAGAGCGGCAAUGUAUUUCUUCCUCGAGACAAUCGUUGAGCGUUAAUUUUGGCUUAUUUAAUUUGGUCAACCUUUAAAUUCCAAUCAGAUAGUGCCUUUCGGGUCCUCAUCCACUAGUUUAUGCUGCCUAAACUUCACUGACUGUUAAGUCUAGCUGAGUAAGCUGUCUUACUCUCAGUUUCAAAACUACGGAAAGCAUUCGAUCUCAUCUCAUUUCUCCAAAAGCGGCCAACUUCCGGCCUGUAUACUUAGUUUCUAUUAAUACCGCGUAAAGAUGUUCCACUCAGUUUUUCGAAAAAAGGACGCGCAUCUUUUUCCAUGGUUGAUGACACACAUAUACUUACUAGUUUGCUGUCAGUGUUCGCACGUCGUUCAUCCCUGCCAGGGUUUCGGGCACAGCAUGCAAAACCAUUUAGCAUUCCUUCGAAGUGUCACUUUCUAACACUACUGAUUUCAGUUUUAAGAGCUAUGCCGACAAGGGAACUCGAUUGUUUUAUCUUGAAAUGGUGUUAGCGUAUCAAAUGACUUUGAUGUUUGUGCGUGCAAACAAUAAGACCACCAGUGAUCUAAGUCGCGUUCCUCUACUACAAUAGCUGACAUGGGAAUAUUUUCCGCAAAUGUCACUAGUCUUUCAUAGGAGAUAUACGACCGGCGAGCAGAGGACGAUAAUCUGUGACACUUUGAAUGAGCCUUGAUCGAAGGAAGCCGACUGUACGAUAUACUGUAGCAUUUUUCGUUCCCACAAUUGCCUUCCUGAUAAGUAGUUUUUUGCACCACACGCAGUUCUUAUUUGGUUAAGACCUCGACACAUUGCAUAAGAAUUUUCUCCAAACAAUGCCUUUUAAAAUCGCAACUAUUCGCUGUAUUCGCCCUCGAGUAUCGCCACUUUCCCCUCAGGUAUUUAGAAAUGUCACACAAUGGACUUAUUCUUCCAGCACCAGAAAUGUCUGCCACACAUUCCCGUAAACCUUCAAAGUGACUAUAAAAGCAUCAAACCGAAAGGACUGAUGUGCCCCUUCUUAGCAGACUUUUGAACUUGUCAGAAUUGAAGAGAACUCACAAAACACAUUGUCAGAUAUAUUAUGUAUACGUUCUGAGGGAUCCUGACUACUCUUAGCUGAUAUCCUGCACAUAUCAAAGGAAUGGGCGGUUUUCGUUACGCAACCCAACCUAAAACAAACAUUAUUUUUGCCACCUGUUCAUGUUCUUAGGGAAACCUGUUUACCUGGUACACACGACCCGACGUCCAUUUAUACCGCGCUGCUGAAAGUGUAGCCAAUUGGCCGCCUGCGUGACAUGUUCAAGUUUAGUGACGUUCAUCGUCCUCCUUAGUUCACCAUAUACACUUUUAGAGGGCCCUUCGGUUCUCGAAUGUUUGUUUUACAUUGAUUGUGCACUCAAAAGCACUUACUGUAGACUUUCUUUGUGUUUUCACGUAAACGCGACGUUAGCCGCGAAAUUAGGGCUUGCACACAUCUAGAACAUAGUAUCAAAGGCAUUUCCUCCGGCCAACCUAGUUUUUUCUUUUGGCAGGCAAAACUCCAGUCUUCCUCUCCCACUAACCGUCUUUUGCCGGAGAAUGCUUCCAGAGGGGUUGCAUCUCGGCAGAAUUCUCCAUCUACCAUAAUUGCUGCAGAUGAUUUUGGUCGCAAACCAACCCGUGCCAGUGCACCAAGUGCACCUCACUCCCUUGGCAAGAAAAUUGCCGCGUUGGAUCUUCUCUCAAGCGGUAUUCCGGCCACUACAGUUGCUUCUCAACAUGGCAUCACCGUGCACCUUCUUGAACAGUGGAAGUCAUCUGAAGCUGUUCUCCGCCAGGUUUGUACACUGUCUUUCCCGAGGACUGCAAGUCUUUCAACUCCUUUUGCAUGUCGUGCGUUUUCACAUUUUAUCAACCUCUUUUCGUACUGAACCCCAUGUAAUGCUGCUAAUCGAUUUAGUUGUCAAGUCUGACUAUGCGAAGUUUGUAGUUUUAGAAAUGUUGCUUUGAGGGGCAUCAGUCCUUUAACCACAAAUGUGCUGACUCUUAAAAUUCCCUGAUGCUUAUUCCAAACGUCGGACGUCUGGAAAGCGUCGCAAGUCCGGGAUCGUAAUCUAUGUUAUUUAGUACGGACUCUUUUCACAAGCCAUAAGAGUCGGGUACUGCAGAACGUUCACAUCUACAGUAUUUUUAGCCUCUAAACCCGAAUUGGAAGAUGCUAUGCACAAUAAGGAAGACGUUGUUGCGUGUGUGCGUGAUUGCGCGCCCUAUAUAUUGACACAGAUCGAUUCAUAAUUGCGCCUGCGAGAGUGCGCCUCUGGAGAGUGCGGCUGCGUUCGCAGUAGUAGCUGUGGUGGCGGCAGUGGCAGCACCCAUUCAUCAGUUAAUGGUGUUUGCGCGCGCCGCCCCUGCGAGCUUUGCAUGCGUGUGGGCCUGCGCGUCUACGCGCAGACGCCGUUUAUUCUUCCGGAUUCUCUAUACCUCUUCUCUUCUCUUCUCUCUCUCUUCUCUCUCUCUCUCUCUCUCUCUCUCCCUCUCUCUCCCUCUCCUCUCUCUGGGUCCAAUUUUGUCCGUGUGUGUGCAUGCGUUCGCGAUGGGACCAUCAUCAACUCGCCAACAGCCCCCACCCUUAUCGGCGGUUUGGUGUCUUAAGUGCAUACUCAUUUGAAUGCACGCAGGUGCGCAUUGGCCGGUCAGUGUGUGCGAAUAUGCACAUGGAAAUACAAAAAUACGUAGUUCCUCACCAUUCAUCCCCUCUCGAGCUCAGUAACUUGCUGAAUUAUGCAACAAUAAGGAUGGUGGUUUUGCCACCGUUUCUGUAUUAUCAUUUCUUGCCGUGCCUUCCGACAAAACUGAUUUCCUCAUUCUUCGACCUGCCCCCCUUAGGAAACGAGUCCCAUGGAAGGCGACCAUUUCUGGUGUUGGUAGCUUGCAUCAUGAAUCAGGCUGUAUAGCACAUCCUGUGAACUUUAAACAUGGUAGUCGACACUUUUUACCCCCUCCUGCCUAUGUAAACCACUCUUCACUCAUUACAGGUGUACUUUUGUCUUGUGGACGUGGCAUCUAGGCGGCGGCGGCGGCGCGGACAUUGUUGCUUUUCGCAAGACUGUCACCUGACAGUAGAGUGAUAGUGAUUCUUAAGUGGUCGGGCUGUCCGAACUAGCUACUUAUAUGCUGAACGCACCGAGUCCUGAUUUGAGAUCCGACUUACGAUUAGACUGUGGUUGUUACCCCUUUUUGGGAUGCAUGCCCUCAGAAGGGAUUAUUAUUUCUAAGUAAACCCAUUUUAACUGACUAGCGCUGAAUGUCAAACCGACGCUCGAAUUUGUGGUCAACACGGGCCAAUCGGAAACCACAACUUUCCGUACUUCAGUAUAAGCGGCACGGACAACCAGUUAAUCCAAUCUAUUUUCCACUAUGUGCUUUGCACUUCGCCGGUAAAAGCAAAAAAGACGCGUUAUAGAAGGCAAUCGAGAAAAGGAAAAUGCGGUCGUCGGAACAAGAAGUUUAGUGGCCUGCCUUUUCGGAUUCUCACUCAAACCCUUAUCUGCGAUUGUCUUUGCUGAUAGGUUCGAGUGAGAAUUGGAAACCUCAGACCAGUAAGCUUCCUGUUCCAGCGACGGCAUCUUCAUCUGAUCUUUGUAAUUUGCCCAUCCGCUAUUACGGGUGUUGCGUUACACCUAAAUGGGCUCACAUGAAGGUGUGUAGUAAGCGUUAAAGGCACCAAACAACUUUGACCCCACCGUAUGCAUUUAUUGCCAGUUGACUUGGCUCGAACUUGUCAGUAAUACAGGCUGGGAGAAGGAGAAGCUAGUUAGACCAGCUCUCCCGUAAUUUCCUUAACAGCUUUAAUUUAUCACGCCGUCAAACUGUUGUGACUCGUGGCUUUGAGAGCUUCCGAGGGACAGGAUAAUUCACUUCUCCAAAUCGAAGACCAGGCCGCAGUGCAUCCGAAGUAUGUCCUUUACGCAAGUUGCUCUCGUGGCAUAUGGGUCCAUGAAGUCAGGUGUGUGGGGAGCGAUGGACCAAGUGUGUGGGGAGCGAUGGACCAAGUGUGUGGCACGCGUGGAUGGGGUCUAUUCCAUGCCUACUCCCAUCUCCAAUAAUCUUAAUCUCGUCUACUCAUUGGAACUCAAUGUGCGUUGUGAGAGAGGUCGAGGUAGGCGCUACGAAGGUGCAGUUCAUCGUAUUUGGAAUCGCAAGUUGCCAUUGCAACCCAGGGAUUCUAUUGCUUAUCCUCUCUUGCGACGAAGGACCUAUCAUGGAGCCGACAAUAUCGUUGCUUUUUGUUGAUAACCAACUUUAUUUUAAAAUGUAAACCGUCUGACACCAGCCCACAAUGAACUGCAUACUUAUUUACACAAUUAUACCGUCCACUGUACACCCUUUAUGAGGUUACUACUGAUUCCACCAAUUGCAUUUGGAGGGAUUAUUUUUCUUACAGCCUUUCAAACAGCUGCCAAGCCGACCCCCCAAAGGUGGCCCGAAGGCCAUCCAACGUAUAGGUAUUAUUGACUUAGCUUUAACACAGUUUUCAAAGGCAUUAUAAGGUUUUCAAAGGCAUUGCCUAUUACUCUUAAAAUAUACGGACAAUUGACUCCGCCAACAAUGCAGCCGCCUUAGGCGCAUGCCGGACAGCUCCUAUUUUGUGUGGUUGCACGCACUGCAUUGCCCCUUCGCCUAGUUCUUUACUGCAUCAUACCAGAAGUGAAAAGCGCGACAGAGCACUAACAUCAUGACAUCAGUUGGUAACCAAAACCCAGUUACGCUUUAGGCCGUCUUAUUCAAUGCAUGACGGAGAUGCCUUUGUCUAUCCGUUGCACUGGUCCGAGCAAAUGGGGUUCCACCAUACUGUUUGUUUGCCAAAUUUAUUUGGACGUGCUCACUAAUACCUUCGAGCGCUUUUAUGUCUACUCUAAUAGAUUAAAAUUUGAAUCCGUUCAGUCAAGCCCUCAUCAUAAAAUACGAAGCUUCGAUGUUUUUGCUCGGUACCCGUAGUCGAGGACGCGCCAAACAGGGCACUCGGACAGCGUAAAUUCCUUCGCAAGCAUUUUGUUAUGUCCAAGGAAAUAAAUAACAUUUCAUGUGUGGCCUCGCCUCACUGUGCUUGUAUAUGAUUUCCACGCAUGCCCCUGCAUAUCCAAAACAUGGCAGGCACGAAAAUUUCCUGCCUUUCCAUUACUAAGGACUGUUUGUCGGCUCAACACGACGUAUAGGCGAAGCCUCUUCAAGAAAGUUUUUUGUUUCAUAAUCUUAUUUUAUGUGACAGGUAAUACUGAACUAAAUACCCCGGUUAUAUUAUUCCGGUACCAUCAAGAAGUCGACAGCAACUGCGGUUUUUCAACGCACUGUUUGCGUCCCUUGCAAACCUUGCUAAGGUGGUUGUCUCCUUGUAAUGUUUCAGCGAUAUGCCCAACGGCAGGGAUCUACAUCGUCUGUCCCGGCUACCACCAUUCCACAACCUUCACGCAGCUCUUUCGCGGAUAUUCCGGAAAGGAGUCCUCACCUACGUAGAACUCUUCUUCCUUCCGCUCCUACCCAAGAGACCGAGUGCAAUACCCCAAAUCGCACCGUAACCAAAGAAAUCUCAGGCUCCACCUCGGUCCCCAAGAGGCGGCUAGGGGAUUCUAUUUCUGAUACCAACGAACUCAUUCCGGAUGUCACCUCGAACAAGCAGCGCAAACUCACUGACAUCGAGCGCGACUUCACACUUACUUGUUCCGGAUCCUCCAAUUCCACUGCCUCCACUCGUCCCAUCAAAAUUUCACGCAAACUUCCACAAAAACCGGCUUCCCCAGUCCUCAAUGAUAUCGGCUAUAGUCGGCCAGCCGAGUCCACAGAACAAGGCUUCGAAAACAAGCGCACCUCCCCUACCUACGUAAAGCAUCCUACAUCCGCGGAAUUGCGUCCUGUUCCCCCACCCUCUGCAAAUGCUGCGUCGCUCCCGUUCUGUGAACAAGUUAAUGGAUCUAGCGGUGACAGUGCGUAUUACACUAGCAAUGGAAUAGCUGGCGGUUUUAGCAGCAGCGGUAGCAGCAUAAACGGCUCGGCUGGCGGCCUCUGUGCUAGAUCCUCGAUUGAAGAUGCCCACACGAACUCUCGAGUCUCCAGGAGAAGACCACCCAUGGGUUGUGGCAGCGAAGCGGGCAGUUGCGGAGACAGCAAUGUUCCCUCACCACAGACACCACCUACUCAGGAUACCCAACCGCCUGGUUAGUUGGUGUGAUAUAUCGAUCUAGUAUUCUUAUAAUCUUUUUCUCCAACGGCAAUUGCUUAUCUGCUCCCCUCUAGUCGAAGGUAACUGCGUUGACACCAUGGCGUCAUGAAACACUGUGGUGAAAUGGCCUUGUGACUGCCAACAGAGUCAACGCUUACUCCACUUUCGUCCGCUGGAGUUACAUUCUCGGUUUAGGCAUCAGACAUGGCUAUUCUUCAGACAACACAUACAUGUUUUGUUACAGACCAGUUUUGCGGAGAGGGCUAGCGAAUUCACCUGUUGAUUUUUGGCGACUUCUAGGACUGAGCAUUUCUAAAAACUACAGAACCCCAUGGAAUCUUCGGCUAUCUCCCAUUUAACCUAUUAGUCACAACGAUUGUGUCAUUCGCCUAUAGCGAACCUGGUCCCACCCCUCCGUAUGUUCUGCAUCGAUUGAUAUAUCUAGGGAAAAGAUCGAUACAUCCGGGAUGCCUUUCGCUCCUGCCAAAUGUAAAGUGCUGCCACGCCUUGGUUGGAGUCCCCUUUUUCUCUGACAGUUGUCGGUGUAUUGGCAGUGUCUGAUACUGCUGAAAACAAACUGUCUUUAAGUUGAGGGGAUGACCUAAUCCCCACCAGCUUUUGUUUGCAAUCGGUGGCCUCCGCCUCACAGACUUAGGAUCUCUUUUCGACUGACUUCCAAACACAAACUACCUUUGGCCACGAAUGCGUAGACCGUUUGUGAACUGGUGUGACUACGUCGCCAAGUAGGAAGUUCAUUACUUUCAGCCCCACAUUUCUGUGCUCUAGUCUGCCAUGACGAGGUAAAGAACAAACCGGUUAAGUCAAAGCAUAUGAAAUGCAGGACCGACAACAGCUAGCAUAGUUCUUGUCCCUCCUGGCAAGUAGAAACUAUUUUGAGCGUCAACUGGACUUGUCCAAUAGGUCGUCAAACAGUGAAAUGCGGGUAGUCUAUAUCACCUAGUCUAUGUUAUCCCCUCCCCUCCCCCCCCCCUACGUAAAGGCUUAGUUUCUGUCUAUUCUUGCCUAACCUAAUAACUGGAAAGUGGUGAUUGCAAAAUCGGUUCUCGGAGGAUGUUGGCUUUGUGCAGGAAUUUUCCAAAGUUCUCACUGUCCCAGCAAUAAUCUGCCGCCUUCUAUGUAACGCCUGACGUCAGACUGCCUCUAAAUCAUAAAACUGGCCUCUUGGAUAGGCUUUACUGGGUUGACUAAAUUAUAAAACCCGUUAUACGGCAAAUCAUUGCACAAUUAUAGUCUAUCGCUAUGCUUAGGUUAUUUAAUGAGCUGCGAGUCGUAAUGCUGACUAAAACAAAACCCGAGGUUUUAUACAUGCAUGUUGAUUGCACUAAGCAGUAUUUUUCCGGUAUAUUGUUAGAUAGGGGGUUCCGAAAGCACGCUAAAAUUCAUUUGCAGGGUUUCUAUACAGCCUGGGUUUCGUUGCAGCUUACUGUAUCGUUUGGCGCAUAGCUCCAGCAUCUGCAUCAGGCCAACCCUAGACCGUAUAUGAUGCCCAAUACUCACACUAGGCACCUGUGCGUCCACAUCCUUGCCCUGCUGCGAACGCUCGUGCCAGUGCCGUUCAGGCAGAUAUUGUUAAGUUCAUACACCCAUCUUCUCUCCCUGUUGCCCUAAAUUCCGACGUAUUUGCGCGAUCGGCUGCUUGGGCUUCCAUUUUUCUGUCCAACACCUCCGCUGCGCCUUCUUGUCGCGCCUGCUGCCUCCACCGAUGUCUUACUUCCUAUUCUUAUGCGCACGCGCAUACGGGUGGAAGCCAGCGCCGCAGGUCUCCUAGUGCACCAUUUAUGUAGGGCUGACAAUCUCCGCAGUGGGCAUGUCUCUCACCCUCCCAAAGAGGUGUGCAUACCAGGUCUGUUUUACUAGUUAGGAACUUCCAGCUGUGAUAUCCGAUCCCGACAGUCAGAUUGCUUCUAUCCGAAAUUAAGUCGUCUGACUCUCUGAUCAUCCACUACAGCCCUGUCAGCCUUGGGUGUCACGGAGGACAACAACUUGAGUCGUGAUCAACCUGCUGAGACAUUUAGUCUAGGACUUAGGUGACGGUUAAGUUCACACACAAAACCCAUAAAUAAUCUGUGCUUUUGGCUUUUUGUUGUGCGUAAGACCACCCACACACUUUCGAUAGUUAUGAGGAUCAGCGCUAUUGGCCAAACAUGAUAUAACCCUCAGUUACGGAAGCAGAGGCAUUGUUUACAAAAUAAACUGCCGAAACCCUCUUUUGCCUCAUUCUUGAGUAUUGCAGAAAUAGUUGCCCGCACGCAAAAGAGUUGAAUCGCAUUGACCGCUUAUUUCAAUCCUGCGGGCGUCUAACAAGUUCUGCGCAAAACUAACUCAAUGACCAGCUCGCAGGUGCAUGGAAUCUCUGGAGCCAUACUAAGUCAGUCUAUGGGUGUUGGCGUCAGAAUUGUAGCUGGACCGACGCCACCCCUCGAGCAGCGUUGCCACUAGCCGAAGACUCUAUUCCUAAUGGAAAUAAACGGCACAGCUAUUUACCGUAUCCCAUGUGCCGGUCGCCCUUGCUUUUACACCUAUUUGGUUCGACGCCUCUGUGCCCGCCUCGGUAAACGUAAGCCGUCGGUCCGGCUACGCGACUCCCCGGCGCUGCAAAUAAAAUUACCAGCAUGGUCGCAACCGCUAGUUGGCGAUCACCUUUUCUCGCGAACAUUGUUGCCCGUUAUGUCUAUUUCAGAGAUGAUUUUGAAGAUUUGCGAGCACACUACAGCUGUCUCCUACACCUGGGAAUUACUGCUUCAUUUAGAAAACAUUAUCUAGUAUUCUUACGACUCCGGUAUCCAUCAGUGAAAAUCACUCAUAGUCCUUGCAUCCACAGUUUGGUAACAAUUAUUGUGCCCUUGCCCCACCCUCCGAUACCUUAACCGCACUCAUACUAGCCAUUCUGUCUAUAUACUGGGUAUUUGGUAAUUCUAACAUUCACCAGUAAAUUCUGAGUUUCUAAACAGUUUCCAGUUUGGUUAACGUAACCUCAAAAUGCCUAUCAGCAGAAAUUCCGGUCAUUGUCUUCUGCCUGUCACCGCUGUUUCGGCACCCCUUUGUUGCUUGUUGCACUAACUCGAACUUCGCAUUUUUCUAUGCUCUGAGUGCUGACCUGGCCCAUCAAGUACAUAGGUGAUGAUUAUACUGGCCUUCCAUUUAACCAAGGUAUUAUUGAAACUUAUACGAGUCGUCAGCUUACUUGUCUUUCUCGCUCUUGUGUUUUCACACAACUGUAAAUGGUUGUCAUGAAUAACCAGUAACUACCAUUCCAUGCUCCGACCAGUUGAUAUCUUUAAAAUACCAAACAACUACCCUUUAAUGUUAAACGGCUAUCUCUGUUCGACACUGCCUCCGUGCAAAUGUGUUUGACUUGUAAAAUAAGUGGCACUGGAGCGUCAACUCUAGAAGACGUACAUUUCCCGAACGAUAGGGUGAUCCGAUAAAUCGUAGUUUGUUUUGGUUGAGGUGGUUAAGCAACCUGCAAAAUUGCGUACGUCGGUCAAGCUGUUUCCUAAACUACGCUCAACCCAUUUCGCAGUUGUCCUACCAACAGAACACAGUAGGAGAGAGGGAGUGAAGGGCCACUUCCACCCAUCCUUUCUUCACUCCAAUUCACCUGAGUCGUAUGCGGACAAUCUCAGCACAUCGAAGGUUACGACUGAAGGGUUGACAACCAGCGAGAAACCUUGGCGCCUGAGAUAGUGCUGGACUGCAUUAGCUUCUUCUUGGGCUGAAUUUGUAAGAAUUAUUAUACGUUAUACACACGAGACGGAGACAAGCCGUCAGGGCCACUAAUAUGACCCAAAUCGUUCAAAGUCAUCUUAUCCUAGUCUUACCAUCAGACUGACGCUCGUGCAAGGCAGUAAUAAGAUUAAUGCCGCGCAAGUUCAUACGAAGGUCACUACUGCUUUUCAGAAAUAGUGGCAGUCAUGCUCGUGUUCGACAGUCAAACUAUCCUUUUGGCCACGUGUCCAUGUAGAUCCCGGCUUGGUCAACCAGGGGAACCAAAAUGUGUAGCUCUGUGUAGCCACCAUGUCAUGACAGGAGUGAGAAGGGCGCAGUUGAGUGGUUGUUGCUCGCUAUGCUCCAGUCAAUUCUUUCUCUGGUGGACUGACUGUUAGUGUUCAGAAGUAGACUCCCAAAGUGCAGUUUCUGUACAUGGGUACUAGUGUAAUGAUGAACUGUCCCAUUCUCUACAGGCAAGUCAAUGUUGAGCGUCUUCCAGCCAUCUCACUGUGCGGAUGAAAAAUCAUCAGAGCUAUCGGACGAAGAGUGCCUAUACUCGGAUAUUGCUUCAGAAACAGCUGAAUUGGAAAGGUAAUUUCCUCUCUCCUAUAAAGGACAGUGCGUUUUUAUGUUCACUUUAUCACCUCGCCAGAGCAUUGGACUUCACAUUGAGUUUUUUUAACUCUCAGCCCAUCCACAUCCUGUUGCCGGAACUUUUAUUUUGCUGUUCGUAUAGUGGUAAGGUCACUUUUAAGCCAAAUCGGUGUUUGGCUUUUUAAUGAUGAAUUGGGGUCCUGGUCUGCGAAUAAAUUGCUCUAGUUUGCUCUUAGACUAUGCCUCCCUUGUUUAGCUAAAACUCGGCAUCCGAUAAAGAUAGAAAAGCUCUUUUUGGAAACCAUUAAGUUUUCCGCCAAUUCCAGUUUAUACUAGGUGCUAUCUAACCGGCCCGGCAUACCGAGUUCUAUUGCGUUAUCAUUCUAUAAACUUCACAUCUACUACCUGUCUAAUUUUAGGCUCUUUCCGGAAAUUCGCGAUUCGACAGAAGCCUCUGCAUAUCGUAACGAGUUUGAAAGUCUAUACCCGACCUAUCUGCAUCUCUACCAAUCAUUCCAAGCUGCCUGGGAGACCAUUGAAACCCUUAAAAUGCGUGUUCUGACUGCUCUACGCGAACGCAGCAGCAGUGCGGCCUCGCAGUCUGCUUGUGAAUUGGACGAGUUCAUCAAGGGCAUGAGGACGCCGCAGCGUCGCGCCGACGAGAUCCAGUUGGCAGUUAUGACCUACAAGCUGCGUCUUCUCAAACAGCGUCUAGCGGUUUUUACGGCUCAGGGCGUCGAGUCCAAGAUGUCGACAGCCAGCGUUACUGGUUACUACAAGGCUGUCGAUGCUCGUUGA